AGACGGACAGACGGAUAGAGCAAACGAGAAAGAAAGAAAAAGAGAGAAAGAAAGAGAGAAAAGCUCUGAGGACGAAGACACGCAUUUUAAACGGUAUAUUUAUUUUCCACGGCAGAUCAUCUUUACCGUGUGAACAAGUAAUCGGUAUUUACAUCUCUAGCGUACUGUUAAUAAUCUCCAUCUUUCUUCUCUACGAAGAGAGAGAAAGAGAGAUACAUAUAUACACGCAUACAUACGUUGCUUUCCUUCUUUCUCUUCCUUAUUCGUUCGAGAUUCUUCGACAUUCGGGAUAUCGUCGAUUACGAGAAGACGCGCGCGAGUGUCGAUUAUUAUCCUUCCUUCGAGAGGUCGGUGAUAUUAUAACCUUGGUUCGUCGCGAGCAUCGCGACACAACAUACAAAUUGUUUCGCUCUCUUCGAUACGUCUCGAUCGAAGAGAGAUUUGACACUUCUGAUCCGAUCGAAGAGAUUUUCGCCACACUCGUCUUUUCUUCUAUUAUUAUUAUUAUUUUUCUUUUCUUAUUUUCAUCGAGGACUAUCUACAUUCUGUAACGUAUAAUAAUUUCUUCGCGAUGUUUACGGGUACGAUGAAGAUCGAAAUAUGCGAAGCCGUCGGACUCAGAGCGACCGACAAACAGAGAAAGUUUUGGCAGGACGAACCGAUACUCGAUCCUUACGUUCAACUCGACGUAGACGAGAAUCAUCUUGAUCGAUCCACAACUAAAUCCAAAACCUCCGAUCCUGUUUGGAACGAAUCGUUCACCCACGAGGUUCAGGAUGCUGUCAUGCUCGGAUUAACCGUCUUCCACGAUGCGGCCUUACCGCCUGAUUAUUUCGUUGCCAAUUGCAGCAUCCCAUUCGAGGAGCUUGUUAGCAGGAACGACAAAACUGCUGAUUUUUGGGUUGACCUCGAACCUCAAGGAAAAUUGCGAGUAAGGAUAGAUUUGAAAUGGAAUGAUUCAGAUCAUCAAACCAGUUGUCGCAGUGGGGUGGAUGGAGAAUCUAUCAGUAUCGGUAGAAGUAUCGGAAGUAUUAGUUCGGGGAAAGAACCUAGGAGGGAAUUCAAAGAAUGGCAAGGAUUCAAUCGUCGGAGAGGUGCUAUGAGGCGCCGUGUUCAUCAAGUGAAUGGUCACAAAUUUAUGGCUACGUUUUUAAGGCAACCAACAUUCUGCUCUCACUGCCGCGAGUUUAUAUGGGGCUUGGGCAAGCAGGGCUAUCAGUGUCAAGUUUGCACUUGCGUAGUUCACAAGCGAUGUCAUAAAUUGGUGAUAACAAAAUGUCCUGGAAUGAGAGACGAGGGCAAAGGAACUGGAUUGCAAUCACAUCAAGAUACAGAAAGUCCACGCUUCAGCAUAGAUGUACCACAUCGGUUCUUUGUCCGUACAUAUAAGAGGUUUACAUUCUGCGAUCAUUGCGGUUCUCUGUUAUACGGAUUAUAUAGACAAGGUUUACAAUGCGAAGCUUGUAAUAUUAAUGUUCAUAAAAGAUGCCAUAAAAAUGUCGCCAACAAUUGCGGUACAAACACAAAAGCAAUGGCAGAAAUUUUAAGUGAAAUGAAUAUUUCUCCGGAUAAGCAAAUCAAAACGCCAAGAAUUAAUUUUACAACUUGUCAACCAAGCCAAACACCUCCUACCGUUGCUGUAACCGAAACAUUAACAACAGAAGCGUCCCAGGCAGCGGUCCAAAGACAGUUGGAGGAAAGUGUAGUAGGAAUUAAGCAAAAUGCAGUGUCUGUUAGUGAAAAUGAAGUGAGAAAGUUUGGUCUAGAAGACUUUAACUUUAUCAAAGUACUUGGAAAGGGUAGCUUUGGUAAAGUUAUGUUGGUAGAACGGAAGAGUAAUCCCGACGAAGUUUACGCUGUAAAAAUAUUAAAAAAAGAUGUGAUUAUACAAGACGACGACGUCGAUUGUACGAUGACAGAAAAACGUAUUCUGACAUUAGCGGCGAAACAUCCAUUUUUGACAGCUAUUCAUAGUUGUUUCCAAACGAACGAUCGUCUCUUCUUUGUAAUGGAAUAUGUAAACGGAGGCGAUUUGAUGUUUCAUAUUCAAAAAGCUCGUAAAUUCGACGAGGCAAGGGCACGUUUUUAUGCGGCCGAGGUAACGCUAGCGUUACAAUUUCUGCACAAAUAUCACGUCAUAUAUCGUGAUCUUAAACUCGAUAAUAUUCUUCUCGAUCAAGAAGGUCAUUGUAAACUCGCAGAUUUUGGUAUGUGUAAGGAAGGAAUCGUCGAAGGUAAAACUACGACUUCGACGUUUUGUGGUACACCCGAUUAUAUAGCACCAGAGAUUUUGCAAGAGUUAGAAUAUGGUGCCAGUGUCGAUUGGUGGGCACUUGGUGUAUUAAUGUACGAGAUGAUGGCUGGCCAACCUCCUUUCGAAGCAGAUAACGAAGACGAUUUAUUUGAAUCUAUUUUACGAGAUGACGUAUUAUAUCCAAUUUGGAUAUCGAAAGAAGCGGUUUCGAUAUUAAAAGGAUUCAUGACGAAGAAUCCAGCUAAACGAUUAGGUUGCGUGACUGCUAAUGGAGGUGAAGCUGCUAUAAAGGUUCAUCCAUUUUUUCAACACAUGGAUUGGGAAGCUUUAGAAGGUCGUAGAGUUAAACCACCAAUUAAACCAAAAGUUCAGAGUAAAAAGGACGCAUUAAACUUCGAUGCCGAGUUCACAAGGGAGGAUCCUGAAUUGACACCUGAAGAUCCAGAAGUGGUCAGUUACAUCAAUCAAGAAGAGUUCCAAGGCUUCUCUUUUGUCAAUAAGGACUUUAAUCCGGCAAGAUUUGGGACACAAUAGGAGACAAGAAUUGAUCGAAAGAAACAAAACACAAGGAUGCUUUUAUCGUAAGGUUUCUUCUUCCUUUAAUUAGUUUGGUUUGUCGAGAACAAAGACAUCAAACUUUAUUAGAAUUCCUAUACGAUUGAGCAUUCUAAGAUCACACAGUAUUUCCUUUAAUAAUUUAUCUUCUUACGAAGGUAUAUCUUGUGGGGUGUCAUACGAUCAAAAAGUUAUUCAAGUUCAUGAUCGACGUGGAUCAUAGAAGGAUCAUUCCAAAUAAGAUCCUCUAAAGACGACACAUAUUGACUUACAAGAAGAUUACGUGUAUUUUGGUCUCUCGAUAUCAUCACAUUGAUUGGUAAAAGAGUCACAGGUGUUCUUCGUACUCUUUCAUUACGAAAGGUUCAAACGAGUUGGAGUUUGAUGUAUGCUUUAAAAAAGGAAGGAAAGCGAAAAGAGAGAGGAAGUGAGAGAGAGAGAGAGAGAGAGAGAGAGAG